GGAAGGAAAUGCUACACUCUUCCCCAUUCUAGAGCUAAGGAAACCAAUGUUCAAAGAGGGCUGUAGCCAGCUCGAGAUUAGAGUCUGGACCCGUCCGUGACCGAAGUGGAGGACAGUGGUGACUGCACACCGAAAUGACAGGGGUCCCAUGAUCAUCACUGGGGACAGGGGGACACUUGGCUCUUGGGAAAUAAACCCCAAGGCUUGGAGGCGGAGGAGCCGACGGGAGGAGGGGAGGAAGCUUGGUCCAGGAGGAGGAAGAAGUCCCACAAUAAGAAGUCAUGUGGCCGGGCCGGGGCUUCCUGUUUCCCAGCCCCUCCCCGGCCAGCCCUGGGCAGCCCAGGCCCAGGCGGGCAGCGGACAGUGACCUGGGAGCUCAGGCAGUGACCACAGUACAGCGAGGAACAGAGAGGUGCAGAGAGCUGAGGGGCCUUGCCCCGGGGGCAGCCCCUCGGGUUCAGGGGAGCCUGGGGGAGAAGAGGGUGGUGUCGGGGUCCCCAUCCCAUUCAGGUCGAGGACAAAGGGGAGACCAGAAGUCAGGAGGCAGAGGAGAAUGGGAUGGUCAGGGCAAACUUGGUGGGUCGCGAUCUGCCCGGCUAAGGAGGCAUCCACAUGUGCUGCAUCCACAGUAGUCACGCAAGAUCCUCCCACGGGGAGUCAGUGCCCGCUCGCCAGGAGAGGAGACUGAGGCUGUCGUUUCCCAGGACAGCAAAGGCAGGAGCUGACAGCAGGCUGUGUGUUUAGGGGCAAGGAACCCAGGAGGAUCAGGGCGCAGGUUUUCAACAGCAAUGAGCGCCAGGGCCACUCGGCCCCGGAGCCGGCGUGGCAGGCACGCUCCGCCUGGUGAAUUGGACCCUGUAGCCGAGAGUUCCGAGGAGGGCGAGGUGGCCAGCGGGAGCUCGGGGCCCGGCCCUGCACUGCCGGGGAGCUCAGGACCACAGCAGCUGGGGCCUGCAGCGGAGUCGGGCAGCCAGGGCCCUGGGAGCAGGGCCAGCAAAGAGGCCUCAGAGGAUGUGGAUGGAUCACUGGCCCCCACCCCAGAAGGGGCCCAGCUGCUCGCAGGGGACACCAUCCAGCACCCAGAGAUGGCAGCCCCACAGGCCGGGGGCACUUUCUCCCCUGCGUGUGGGGCUCCUGAUGUGUUCCAGACCCUCCAGAGUGCCCUGGCCUCCCUGGAGGCCGCAGCUGCUGCCUGGCGCCCACAGCUCCUGAGUGGCCCGGGGCCUGGGGAGGUGGCAGGCCGGGCAGAGGGAAUGCCAGGGCCCUGGCAGGAGGUGGCCUACCUGGCUGAGAAGAAUGCCUGGCUGCGGCUGGCCCUGGAUACCCGGGAGGACACGCUGGCACACAUGCGGGCAGAGAGCGACACGCUGAGACAGGAGGUCCAGGAGCUGCAGGAUUCCCUGAGGAGGCUGGAGUCCACCCCGGCUCCCUCCCGCAGCCACGCUAGCGGCCCAGGCAGCAACUGGAGCAGCUCUGCAGCGGCCAGGGAGUCUGGGGGGCCGCGGGGCCCCUCCCCGGCUCACCCCCUGCUCCGGCGCCUCCGCAGCCACCCCAGCGCCCACACCCUCGGGCCUCGAGUCCUGGAGGGGCAGGAGGAGCAGCUCCGGGGGAGCGUGGAGAAGCUCAAGGGCCUCAACCGCCUGCUGCUGGCUGCACUGCAGGGCGCCAAGGGCCGCUGCGAGGCGCUGAGCAUGCGGCUGGGCUGCAGGGAGGCCGAGGCCACGGCGCUGCGCCUGGCGCUGCAGUACAGCGAGGACUGCGAGGCGGCCUACGGGGCCCUGCUCACCCUGCGGGAGGCCAGCGCCACAGCCCCCAGCGGUGACCUGCAGGCAGCCCAGGAGGAGGCGCGGAGGCUGCUGGCCCGCGACGGGGCCGCUUCGGGCGGAGGGGCAGCGCAGCCCAGCCCUGCGGGCAGCAGUGUGGACACACCCACUCCACAGGAAGUGGCCACCCAGCUCCUCGGCUACAUCUGGCACCUCCAGGAGCACCGUGCCCUGCUGAAGUUUCCCCCGGAGCCUGGCCCCACCUUGGCACCCAGGCCCACCACGCCCCACUUGGACACCCUGGUGCAGGCCGUUCUGGAGGCCCAGCCUGGCACAGCCCUGCCCCGGCUGGAGAAGACAAAGAUCCAGCAGGACCUGGUGGCCACACGGGAGACUCUGGCUGACCUGGUGCUGCAGCUGCAGCUGGCGCGGCGGGAGAAGCGGGCCCUGGAGCUACGGGAGGCGGCCCUGCGGGCCCAGGCGCCCGCGCUGCUGCUGCUGCUGGGUCAGCUGCGCUGGGAGCGGGCACAGCUCGGGCCCGAGGACAGCAGCAGCGGGGACAGCAGCGCGGGCGACAGCAGUGAGGACGAGGAGGCGUGGCCCCAGGGCCUGGCCAGUGGCAUGGAUGGAGGCCCGGAGUGCAGAGCAUGGGACCAGGAGAAGCUGGCCCAAGACCUGGCCUUGUCCCUCAGCCGCGCCCAGGGCCUGCAGGAGCAGCUGCGGUCCCUCCGGGCACAGCUGGAGCAGGUGGCCCAGCGAGGGCGUGCUGGGCGGGCCCAGAGUGCAGAGCUGAGCGCAGAGCUGUGCAGAGCUCACAGAGCCCUGGUCCUGGGCUUCCGAGGAGCCCACCGGAAGCAGGAAGAGCAGCGCUGGAAGGUGGAGAAGCAGAUGGCACAGAUGGAAGCCCGGCAGGCCGAGGAGCUGGCCAGGCUGGAGGCCACUGCCCGAGCCCUGGGGAAGCCCCGGACGUGCCCUCCGCUGCCCCUGCUGGGGGAGACCCUGCUGUAGUCGGUGUCAUGGUGUCAUAAAGUGUCCUCCAGUGA